AUGCAGCGCUCGGCGGCGCGAGCCUGGCUUCGCCGCGUCUGCCUCGACGACCAUGGCUACAACUACGCGCUGCCCGCCCUCGCCAUCGCAUCCGCCGUGCUCUCACAAGCCGUGCUGCGUCGCAUCACCUUCACCGAGAUCGACUUUCAGACCUACAUCGCACAGGCCAACCUCUUCCUAAAGGGCGAACGCACCUACACCAACCUCGACCCACCAGGCGGCAGCGGCCCCUGUGUCUAUCCCGCCGCACAUAUCUACAUUUACGCCUUCUUUCACUGGCUCACCAACGGCGGCCAAAACAUCCUGCCUGCCCAAAAUGUCUUUGCUGCGCUAUUCACCAUCAAUGUGCUCGUCGUUGCUUGGCUCUACCGCAACGCAGGUAUGCCGCCCAUUGCUCUCCUGCCACUCAUCCUCUCCAAGCGCAUCGCCUCCAUCUUUUUGCUCAGAAUGUUCAACGACCCCAUCGCCAUCCUCUUCGUUUACCUUUCUCUUCUUGCCAUCAUCAAGGCGAGGUGGACGCUCUCGGCUCUUCUCUUCAGCGUAGGCCUCGGAGUCAAGAUGAACGUGCUCCUCUUCUUGCCCGGCAUCGCAGCGUCAUGCUUCGCCUAUACAGGCUUGAACGGCACCAUCUCGUACGUCUCGAUCGUCGCGGCGGUGCAGGCGAUCAUCUCGCUGCCCUUCACCUUGCACGAUCCCCACGCAUACCUCGUGCGCGCAUUCGACUUUUCCAGAGCCUUUCUCUACGUCUGGACCGUCAACUGGCGUUUCGUGUCGGAAAAGACUUUCCUGUCGUCCACCUUUGCCAAAGCGCUUCUUGCCGCUCAUCUCGUCAUGCUCGCCCUCUUUGGCAUCUGUCGCUGGACGCCCAUCUUGACCCACGGCCCCGCCUGGAUCGUGCAAAACAUGUCCGAACGCAAGACCACGCUUUCGCCUUCCGCCAAGAUCACCAUCCUCGGCUGCGCGUUCGCAUCCAACCUCAUCGGCGUGCUCUGCUCCCGAAGCCUCCACUACCAGUUCUACUCGUGGUACUUCCACCAGCUCCCCUUCGUACUCUGGUUCUCCAAGCUACCGCUCGUCCUCAAGUUGGCACUCCCCGUGGCUCUCGAGUGGUGCUGGAACGUUUUCCCCUCCACAGACUCCUCGUCACUGGUGCUGCUGGCUUGUCAUAUUCUGCUCGUGCUCGCCUGCUUCACACUUCCCGCUUUCGCAGAUUCGUAUGUCCUCGCUCAGCGCGCCCUUCGCCGCGAGGAAGACGAGGUGGAUCUCUUGCUCUCCAACGACGUCGCCCCCGAGCAUGCCGCAGCAACAGACUCUCAAAGCGACGACGAAAACGAGGACGCUCUCGAUCGCAUCGCACAAGCACGACUCGCCAAGGAAGCCAAGGACGAAAAGAUCCGCGCCGCCUUCCGACGCCGCAUCCAGACGCGCCGCAAACUCCUUGCUCUCCUCGGACGAGUCUGCCUGCUCCUUCGCUCGCUCCUCAUCCUGCUUGCCCUCGCGCUCAUCUUUGUCAUUCCCCAUCCUCGCUCCCCCGUCUCCAAGGGCACCUACGUCGAUGAAAAUGCCCUCCAACCGGGACAGGCUCGUGUCUACUGGGACUACUUUGACGUCACUUACGCCGACAUGCUCUCGGAGAAGGUUGCCUUCCUGACUUCCGCGUCCAGCGACGCUCGCGCAGACUUUGUCUGGUCCGAGCUCCAGUCUUACGGCCUCGAGGUCCAGCAGCAAAAGUAUCAGUAUCGAUCCGGCGCAGGCGAGCAUUCGCACAGCGGCACAAACGUCUACGCACGCUCGGCUACACCUCGUAUCGAUGGUCGCGAGGCUGUUGCCAUCACGGCGAGUUGGCAGAGUCGAUGGAAGGGCCAAGAUGAUCCUUUUGCGCACGUCAAUGCGACUGAAGCAUCGAAUGGCGCUCGCGUCAACGUGCGCGGCAUCGCCUCGGUCCUCGCGCUCGCAAGGUACCUCUCCACCCAGGCGCAUCUGAGCAAGGACCUCAUCUUUGUCAUCAGCGACGGCCAUCUCGAAGGCAUCAAUGCCUGGUCUUCGGCGUACUUUGGCGAUGUCGCCGCCGGGCUCGAGGUAGAGCCCGUCGUGCUCGGCGGUUCGCAGGUGUGGAACGCCAUCUCAAUCGACUAUCCUGCCGACUCGUUCUCGUCGCUAGUCGUGCAGUACGAAGGAUUCGAUGGACAGCUCCCCAACAUGGACGCCGUCAAUACCAUCGUGCGCAUAGCCGACAGCGUCGCAGGAAGCAUCCCGAUCGAUCUCGAGCAGAGCAAGUCCACGUCGCUGCUCAAGCAGCCUGCGCAAAGACUGGCGCAAAGACUCGGCAUCUCGCUCCGUGCCGACGUCGAGUACGAGCUGGACAGCUACGAGCACGGCGUGCGUGCAGCCUUGCGUCAGUUCGGACACGGUAUCGCGGGGCACGCAAGCGGUCCCCAUGGCUUCUUCCAGCGCCAUCAUGUCGAUGCCAUCACCCUCUACGCCGUCCCUGCCACCGGGCCGUACGGAUUCUUCCACAUGGGCAGGCUGGUCGAAUCGUUUGUGCGAUCCAUGUCGAACCUGAUCGAGCGCCUGCAUCACUCGCAAUUCUUCUACCUGCUCCUCAGUCCGCGCCGCUUCGUACCUAUCGGUGUCGCGAUCCUGGUGCCUCUCUUCCUGUCCAUCUCGCUCACCAUCAGCGGCUUCGCGUCGUGGCUCGAACAAGAAGCCGAGUCGAAGAAGCUGCGCGACGAGGUUCUGGAAACCUUGAAAGAUGCUCAGCAAGACGCGGGCGAUGUUCAACCCGAGGCUCCGACCAUGUCAUGGUACCGCCAGAGGUUGGUGGAAAAGAGCCUCGCGGGCGGAUCGGACGCAGAGACGGUGGCCGAUGCAGAUCGCACGGCGGCCUCGCUGGUCGAGUCGAUGCGGCCGUGUGCAGCCACGCUGGCCUGCAUAGGCUCGACGAUCGUGGUAGGAAUGGGCAUGCUGCACCACUGCGCGUCGUUGGCGGAUAGCAUCACGAGCCCAGAUGCCGGCAAGAAGAGUUUCCCAGUUGCAGCACUCGUAGGGUCGACGUUGAUUCAAGCGGCCGAAGCCUUGUACCUUCGAUCGCAGUGCUCUACUCCGCGCCGGCGACGGAUCGGCUCACUACUAAUUGCGUUCGCGUACCUACAAGCAGGCAUGCUAGUCGCCGUGCUGAGCGUCCUCAACUUUGCGCUGGCCACCGUGCUCGCUCUACUAACAUACCCCGCGCUCGCCACCGCGUCUUCUGCCCGCUCCCCGCGAAACGUACUGUCCACAUUGGCGCGAUACUUGGCCAUCGCGCUGUUCAGCCCGGCAACAUGGGCGGUGCUUCUGCAGAUCUGUCCGACGCAGACGGGAGCAGCGGUAGCGCGGUCGUUGGUGACCCAUUACACGCUCUUCCAAGCGGCCACUGUGCCCGUAUUUUGCAUGGCGUACCUGCCUAUCGUACUGCAGGCCCAGAUAGGACUGCUCCUCACCACUUAG